CUCCAACCAAAUUUCCACCUCCAUCAUCUGUCAUCGAAAGAUCGGGCUCCCUUCUACCCGUUGGGUUUAUCACCCUCGACGCCUCCAGUGAGAGAUCCUCCACCUUCUUCUCGAUCUCUGUCUUCAUCAUUUCCAGAGCAAUGAGUCACUCCUCGCCGCGAAGGGCAGCAGCAUCCACCUGUUGAUGGAUGGUGUUGCAACGAUUCGUGAAGUGAUGGUAGAUCUCGUCGCAGCGCUCCUCGAAUCGCUUUGCAACGCCAUCACAGCGCCCAGAGAUCUUCUCGGGAAGCCUGGCUUCCAUCAACUGCAUUUCUUCAAGCAUCCUGUACACGGUGGUGUUGGCGGGUUCCAUAGUGGUGGAUCACGGAUGCCGCGGCACGAUGCUAAACGGAUCCAGGUCAACAAGGUCUGAUACCAGAUUGUUAGCGAUGACAUCGGAUAGGAGCGAUCAGCGGCUGAGGCGGCUGAGAUAGAAGAAGACAUGAGAAAGAAGAAAGAAGUGAAUAUGCGAGAGAUAGAAAUUAUAUUAUGUUACGCGAUAGGUUUUUUAUAAUAUCUGGUCUAAUACUUGUAACAUCAGUCUCACCACCAAAUACGGCGCACCUAGACAGCCGAAUUACUCACUCCGACCUACUUAGACGGACGUUCCCGUGUUUUGCUCAGCGACGAUUGUCUUCGCUCCCAGCCUAGCGUCGUGGGGCUGACACACGGGCCGCUGCGGCGAGCGGGAUUGAGCGCGGUGGCGUGGAGGCGAGAAAUCACUGCGAAAGGAAGGAGCGCGCAUUCGGCGGCGUGUGGGCGAGUUUGGGCGAGGAAGGAGGAGCGGACAUGCUGUAGUUUGGGCGUGUAGCAGUGCGUGCGAGCCGGGAUUGGACGCGUUGGCGUGAAGGCGAGAAAUCAUGACGAGGAAGAAAGGAGCGCGCAUUCGGCAGCGCAUUCGCGCGCAGAGCGCAGGCCUUGGCCGGCGACGGCCGGCCACACCUCUCGAUCAGUUUCCUUGGUUUCUUCACCCGAGCUGGCUCUGCUUCUCACAAACUCCAAGCAGAAUCAACCACCUUUAAAACAAGGCGAAUACCCCAAUGCAAACAGCAAACCGAGUUCCUUCUUCGCUUCCGCCAGCAACGCGGACGAGCAAAGCCUGGCCGCGUGACGCCACGUCUCCGAUGAUCGCCGGCGUCGGCAGCCGCUGGCGAUGCCAACGAUCUCGCUGAAGCGCCCAUCCGGCGGCGGCGCAGGCCGCCUGCGCCGCCUCCUCGCGUCGCUGCGCCCGCCGGGGCCUCUCUCGGUCCAGACCGGCUUCCCGACCUCCCUCGCGGACAUCGUCGUCAAGAACCACGGCCGCAUCAGGAACACCAGGAAGAGGCGCCGCGCUGCUGCCGCUGCCGCGGAGCCCCAGCAAAUGCGCGAGCUUUCGGUGGCUCGCGACGCGGCGGCACCGGCGCCGGUGCGCCCAGGCAUAGGCGCGGUCUUCAGCGUCCGGCCGGGGCUCCUCGCGGUCUGCGGCGCCGCCGUGGCGCUGGCGCUGGUGGUGAUCUGCUGGAGCAAGCAGAUGGUGGCCGCGGCCACGCUGGCAUCGGUGGCGCUGUCCUGGAUUGAGUCCGUCCGAAGCAAUCGAUGGCGGCCGGAGACGAAUGCUGAGGUGCAUUUGCGCGGGCGCGUCUCGCCGAUCCGGGAGGUGGCGGACUCGCCGAAGUCGCGCCGCGCCGGGUGCGAGUCCGAGCCCGACAACGUAGGCAACGACGCCGCCUCGCUCUGGUCCGCGGACACAAGCAAGCCGUCGGCGAAUAACAAUCCGAAGCUGAAACAGAGCAGGAGGUCGCUGCGGAAGCUACUCGCCAACAAGUUGCGGAGCGGCAAGACGCUCCGCAGCACGAAUUCCCGGCAUGGCGGCGACGCAUGCAAGCACGAGCACCCGGAGACGCCGGGGAGACUCAACGCGGACGCCGCCGCAGUUGCCGCUACCGCCGAGCCCACGCCGCCGCCGCCGCGACGCGGACGCGCAUUGCCGCUACCCCUGUUGGUGCCGAUCAUCCUUGCCGGCCUCGUCGCAGGGAAGAUCCCGGCGCUGGCGCUGGCCGUGCUCUGCGUGGCGUUCUCCAGCUCAGUCGGGAGAUUUCCGGUUCCGAUCAGUGGUAGUGCUCCGAUUGCGUUGCGAGGUAGCGGCAAGGCAGGGCAGUAGGUAGCAGAGAGCUCGGUUCCGUCUAGAACUACAUGUGGUCGGACUGAUUGUUUUUCUUCACUUCUUUUCGGCUACAUAAUUAUAUAUUCAUAAUUACAUAUUCUGUUCGUUGACCAAAAUUAAAAGAGACAGGAACAAACUUACACAUGUUA